AUGCGGGGGCUGGUGGCGCUGCUGGCGGCGCUGAGCUGCGCGGCCCCGGCGGGGCGGGCGGCGGCGCCCGGCGGCGCCCUCAGCUCCAACGCCAUCAGGACCCCCCCCGGGGGGGCGGCCGAGGCCAGCGCCGCCCCCGCCGCCCCUUACGACGGCAGCAACAAGCCGCCGCCCGCCGCAACCCGGCAGCCUUUCCCCUGCGCCGAGGACGAGGACUGCGGCCCCGAGGAGUUUUGCGGGGGGGCGGCCCGCGGCGGGGGUGCCCCGCUCUGCCUCGCCUGCCGGAGGCGCCGCAAGCGCUGCCUGCGCGACGCCAUGUGCUGCCCCGGCACGACCUGCAGCAACGGGCUCUGCACACCCCCGGAGCCUCCCCACGGAGCCACCGAGCUGGACGAGAUUGGCACCGAGGUGCUGCCCCGACGGACGCCCGCUCCCGCCUGGCUCCCCACUGCCAAAGGUGAGGAAGGGGACUUCUGCCUGCGGUCGUCGGACUGCGCGGCCGGGCUGUGCUGCGCCCGUCACUUCUGGUCCAAAAUCUGCAAGCCGGUGCUGCGGGAAGGGCAGGUGUGUACCCGGCACCGGCGGAAAGGCACCCACGGCCUGGAGAUCUUCCAGCGGUGCCAGUGCGCCGAGGGGCUGGCGUGCCGCCUCCAGCGAGAGCACGGCCCCGCCGACGCCUCCCGCCUGCACACUUGCCAGCGGCAAUGA